AUGUUGUUUCAGAAUUCGUCACAGAAUCCACAUCAUCAGAAACAAAUAGAAGAAGAGCAACGAUAUAUUCACAUUAUAAGAGUUGGAAGUCUGAAAAUGGAUGAUAAAUGGAGAGAAGCAGCUCCUGUAAAUGAUAUCGAAGCAUCCUCGUGGAUCAGGAUUUUCAGAGCGUUUGAUACAGACCAUGAUGGCCUAAUUCAAUGUGAAGAAAUGCAAAAAACCAUUCGAGACAGUACUUAUUCCUUUGGUUUCGAUCAUUAUGAACUACAAAAGAUGUCAUUGUAUUUGGAAAUGAGAGAAGGAAAACCUGUGGAUUUUGCAGAUUUCUGUUAUUUGAUGAGUAAAUGCAAAGGCUAUCGUCUGCGUGAAUAUCUGUUCAAAGCAGCUCUCACAGUAACUCCAAGAAAUCAGAGAAUCCACGUAUUCAGUGAACUUCAACGUUACAAAUGUGUCCCUCCUCCACUCUUUUUAAUAUUUCUUUCAAUUGUUCAACUUGCUUUCUAUCUAUACUAUGUCAUUGACUCAUCUGAAGGAGUCUGGCUAUCUGGCCCGAUUCCAACGAUGUCUCCACUCAUCGUUUCUCAAUUCCAUCUAUCCGAACUUUGGAGACUUGUGACCUAUUGUCUUAUCAAUGUUGGCAUUUUUCAUGUGAUUUUCAACAUUAUCAUUCAAUUAGCAGUUGGAGUUCCACUGGAAUUAGUUCACACAUGGAGAAUUUAUAUUCUCUAUUUGAUGGGUGCACUUUUUGGAUCCCUUUUAUCGUUGGCUCUUGACCCUACAGUAUUCCUAUGCGGAGGAGCAGCUGGAUCAUUUGCAAUCAUUGGAUCCCAUUUGACAACGAUUGUCACAAAUUUCAAAGAAAUGGAGAACGCGACAAUCCGACUACCUUUUUUGAUUGUUUUCGCUGCUCUCGACUACGCACUGGCCGUUUACCAAAGAUUCUUUGCUCCGAGAAUUGAUAAAGUAUCAAUGUACGGGCAUAUCGGAGGACUUGUCGCCGGAAUUUUGUUUACUUUUAUCCUGUUCCGUGGUUCAAAACCAUCCCGUUUUUAUACUGUUUCAUUUUGGGUGUCUCUUGUUCUUUCUGGAUUUUAUAUCGCCAUUUGUAUUGCUCUUACUGUUGCACCCAGUUUACUUCAUUAA